CGGACUGACAGGUGAACGAAAGAGAGAAGAAUAACCUGAAGGAGAAAGGAGAUUAGUCAGUAACAUGUCCAGCACAGAGGAGAAGUUCUCUCUCAAGGAGGUCUUGGUGAGCUUCAAGUCCUGCUUAGUAGAUGAUGACCAAGACAUCAUUGUGGAACAGUACCUGAAUGGUUGGAAAGGCCUAGUGAGAUUUAUGAACUCCUUGGGAACCAUAUUCUCCUUUGUUUCUAAGGAUGCUGUAACUAAAAUUCAGAUAAUGGAAAACUACUUGGCAGGGACAAACGGUGAGCGAUAUCGAACUCUGCAAUCCAUGGUUGAACAUGAGCUAAGUUCUGACUUGGUGGAUCUGACAAAGCGCUGUAAUAACCCAGAUUCAGGGUGCCGCACUAUACUGCGCUUACACCGUGCCCUGCGCUGGCUGCAGCUCUUCUUGGAGAAGUUAAGAACAAGCAAUGAGGAUAGUAAAACCUCAACUCUAUGUACAGAGGCAUACAAUGAUUCUCUGGCCAACUUCCACCCGUGGAUCAUCCGCAAAACCGCAACUGUUGCAUUCCUUGCCCUUCCCACGCGCAAUACGUUUUUUGAAGUAAUGAAUGUGGGCACAACAGAAGAGGUUGUGGCUAUGCUUGGAGAGUCCAUGCCGUAUGUCACAAAAGUAUAUGACUUUACUCAUGAAAUAUACUCGCAGCAUAAUCUGCUUGAGUUACCCUAAGUGCAGGGUUCAGUCAAGGAUGUUUUAGUAAAUAAAAAUCUAUUAUGUUCUCUACAGUGUAACAAAGGAAUAGAAAGAAUGGUGGAUUCAAACCAUGCUGCAUGCUAUACAGUUCAUGAACUGUUACUUAGUGAUACAAUACCUGUUCUUCUGUAAAGGACAAGUAACCAUUACCAAUUAUGUUCUAUUUAUUUGGGCAUUCAGAUGUUAUUGUAAAAUAUGCAUUUAUUGGAAUACAGACUGUCACUUUUCUGCUCACCAAAGUGUGUCACGUGCUUCAAAUAGUUACCUGGUAAUGCUGUAUAGGGGAGCUACAUAGUAGUCUUGAUCACAGUUGGCCAGUUCAGUAACCCAUUACUACCAUGAACUUGCUGUCAUCAUUCUGACUUGACUAGAUUGGUCAGGAUUAACUGUUGCUGCUGUGGGUUAACAGAUGGCCAAACUGCACCCAUGUUACUAUCACCAUGUAUGCACGCAUUAUGUCAUCAUAUGCUUAGACACUGGCUCUUGCGCACAGGUUUCUUUCUCUCCAAAGGAGAGUUUAAAGGGGUAGUUCAUCUUUAAGAUAACUUCUAUGUUAUAAAAUGGCUAUUUCUUAGCAACUUUUUAAUUUGUCUUUAUUUUUUAUAGUUUUUGCUUUUCUCAUCUGCCUCUUUCCAGCUUUUAAAUGAGGUCCACUGACCCCAGCAUCCAAAAGACUGUUGCACUGUGAGGCUACAAUUUUGUUGUAUCAUUUUAUUAUUUAUCUUUCUAUUCAGGCCCUCUCCUGUUCAUAUUGCAGUCUCUCAUUCAAAUCACUGGCUGGUUGCUAGGAUAAUUUGGAUCCUAGCAAUAAGAUAACCAAUGAAUUUCCAAACUGGAGAGCUGAUGAACAAAAAGCGAAAUAAUUAAAAAAACGAAAAUAAUAAAAAAAUGAAGACCUAUUGCAAAUGACUGAGAAUAGCACUCUACGUUAUAGUAAAAGUUAAAGGUGAACAACCCCUUUAAUAAAACAUAAACAUGUCUGCUC